ACUGGAGGUAUUACUUGAACCAACUGUUCAAAACAUCGUCUAAGAUUCCCGAUACCGAAAACAUUUUCGUGUCAAGUUCACUCCCCUACCUGAAGAGGGUAAUGCCAAUAAUACAGAAAACUCCAAAAAGCGUACUGGCAAACUAUAUGGUAUGGAGCGUCAUACGGAACGAGAUCGAGUGGCUUUCAUUGCCAUUUAGGAACGYACAGCUAGCGUACAAAAACGCAACAGAGGGUACUGUGACUGAGAAAGAGCGUUGGCAGACAUGUGUUGGUUCAGCUUUUGAAUCUUUUAAUGAUGUCAUAUCAGCUAUGUAUGUCCAGGAACACCAAACAGAACUGGAAAAAACAAGAAACAUGGGGAAAAGUAUUUUGAGGGAACAGAUCCAAGCUUUUAAAGAAAUCGUCAAAUCGCUGAACUGGUUAGAUGAUGCCACUAAACGUUUAAUAUCUACCAAGAUUGACGGCAUGCGUGCUAAUAUUGGAUUCCCCGACUACAUGUUAGACAGCACAAAACUAUCUAUAAUAUUCGAAAAGUACAGAGGGGUCGUUAUCAGAUUUGACACGUAUUUCGAAAACAAAGUGUCCGCUAUGAAGAAAAACCACGAGGUUUCUCUAAGAGACUUCAGAAAGAGCAAAGAUAAUACAAUAUGGUAUUUGUCUCCUCUGGGCGAAAAAACCGAAAAUGACUUACAGACAAAUACAUUGACUAUUCCAGCAGCCAUUCUUCAGCGUCCAGUGUUAUUUACUAACGAAUACCUAAGAGCUUUUAACUUGGGCAGCCUGGGUUCAAUCACGAGCAAAAACAUUUUGUAUGCCUUCGACAAUAUUGGUAGAACAUUUGACAAGGACGGACUGCAAGCUAAAGUCAAAUGGGGAAAAAAUUCGGUUAAAGAAUUUGAUAAAAGACAAGAGUGCUACGCUAAGCAAUACUCAGCGUACAAGAUUCUAGGGAAAUGGCCUAUCGACGGACAAACUAAAGCUUCAUAUAAUGUUGCAGACAACGGAGCUUUGAAAGUAGCACUAAAGGCGUAUUACAACUGGGCAAAUCAAAAUCCAAUUAAGAAAUGGCUGCUACCAGGACUGAAUUUGACCAAUGAGCAGCUGUUUUACAUUGGAUAUGCUCAGAAAUAUUGCAGUUCCGCUACCGAUGAACAGCGAAAAAAACAGAACAUUGAACUCCGUAAAACAGAUGAUAAAUUCAGGAUUGUCGGUUCGUUGGCAAAUUCCUGUGAGUUCGCCAAUGCAUUCAAGUGCAGAAAGAACAGCCCAAUGAAUCCAAUCAACAAAUGCUAUCUCUGGAGCAAAGAAGGACUAUUGCACUAAUAGUCUAUUGUUAAAACGAAAUUUGACGAUGUGGCGGCCAUCUUGAAUCGCAAGGCAUUAUAGGUCGUCAAGAGGAGAAAUAUUUAAAGCUUUGUUAAAGUAUUGACGUCAAGUGUCAUUGACAGUAGACCUUUCCCGAAUUCGCUUGACUGGUCACGAGGUUUCAAGUCGAGGUGAUGGUUUAACUUGAUGAAUAAAAGAACCAAGUUCAGUCUCGACUUCCAACCAUUGUUUCGUGGUCAUCCAAGCGAAUUCAGAAAAGGUGUGUUACCACAAGACAAUUUGAUAAGAGAUGAAUUAAAAAAAUAAUAACGGUCGACAGUUCCACAACUGAGGAAAUUUCUCAAAUAUCAUGGGGUCGUCAUUUCAGCAUCUUUCGUUUUGCUUUGUCCCCUGGGUGACGAGCCAUAAUGCCUUGCCAUUCAAGAUGGCCGCCACGUCGUCAAAUUUCGCCGCCACGUUGUUGAAGUUGUCCAUUGUCAACGUACCAACCGUAUAAAAAAAAAAAAAAAAUGAUAAUAAUAUUCUAUUAUAAUAUUAUAUAAUAAUAAACAGAAGCUGAUUGAAUAAAAUGACCAUGGUCUUCCAAACA